GCGGACCUUCGGACAAGAUUCGCGCUGACGGGAGUCCGACUGUCGCGUUCCAUUUCUCAUCUCGCGAGAGUUCACUGGGCCCCAAAAAAUUAUGGACGUCGGUGGAAACGGUAGUGGGCUACCUGUAAACAAUAAGCAGAGAGCUAUGUUACCUAACAAAACCAGGGGCGAAUUUACCCGCAAUCAAAGAAAAGAUUCAGAGGGGCAGUCUGAGUCUCCAGAUCUGGAGUUUGAAUAUUCGGACACAGAUAAGUGGGCUGCAGAGCUGUCAGAGCUUUACAGUUAUACUGAAGGACCAGAGUUCGCUCUUAAUAGGAAGUGCUUUGAAGAGGAGUUCAGAGUUCAUGUGUCUGAUAAGAAGUGGACAGAGCUCGAUGAAGCUCAGCACAGAGCUCACGCUAUGCGCCUGUUGGACAGUCUUGAAGUCACUGCCCGGGAGAAAAGGCUGAAGGUUGCCAGAGCCAUUCUCUACAUGGCUCAGGGGACCUUUGCUGAGUGCAGCUCUGAGGUGGAGGUGCAGCACUGGAUGAGAUACAAUAUAUUUCUGCUGCUCGAUGUGGGGACCUUCUCUGCUCUGGUGGAACUGCUCAACAUGGAGAUUGAUAACAGUGCUGCCUGCAGCAGCGCUGUCAGGAAACCAGCCAUCUCCCUGGCUGACAGCACAGAUCUCAGGGUGCUGCUUAACAUCAUGUACAUGAUGGUGGAAACCAUCCAACAGGACGACCCAGCCGACAAGCCCGAAUGGAAAAUCAUCAAGGAGACUUUCAGGACAGAACUGGGAUCUCCUCUCUUCAACAACGAGCCCAUUUCCGUUAUGCUCUUUGGUAUGGUUACCAAAUUCUGCAGCGGUCAUGCGCCUCACUUCCCCAUGAAGAAAGUUUUGUUGCUGUUGUGGAAGAGCAUACUGUUCACACUCGGAGGGUUUGAGCAGCUGCAGAGCAUAAAGGUCCGUAAGAGAGAGGAACUGGGUCUCCCUCCUCUCCCGGAGGACAGCAUUCGAGUCAUUCGCAGCAUGAGAGCGGCUUCUCCUCCUGCAUCUGCAUCCGACCUCAUUGAGCAGCAACAAAAGCGGGCACGUCGUGAACACAAGGCGCUGAUAAAACAGGAUAACCUGGAUGCAUUCAAUGAAAAGGAUCCUUACAAGGCGGAUGACUCACGAGAAGAUGAAGAUGACAAUGAUGACAAUGAUAACUCUAUAGAAGCAGAAACGUUCCCUCUAGAGCGGGACGAGGUGAUGCCUCCACCUAUUCCUCAUCCUCCAUCGGAGAGGGUUUCCUUCCCAAAAGGUCUGCCGUGGGCUCCUAAAGUCAGGGAAAAAGAUAUUGAAAACUUCCUGGAAUCAAGUAGAAGUAAAUUCAUUGGUUACACUCUUGGAAGUGAUACAGAUACAGUGGUUGGAUUACCCAGGCCAAUUCACGAGAGCAUCAAGACCUUAAAGCAGCACAAGUAUGUCUCUAUAGCUGAACUACAGAUCACAAAGGAGGAGGAAUUUCAGAAAACCCCUCUUUCUGGCGGUGAAGAGGAAGUGGAGACGUGUGCCACCGAGCUGCUCUACCAGGGAAUUCUGCCCAGUUUGCCUCAAUACAUGAUUGCUCUGCUGAAGAUCCUGCUGGCUGCUGCUCCGACAUCCAAAGCUAAAACCGACUCCAUUAACAUCCUGGCAGACGUGCUGCCGGAGGAGAUGCCGACCACGGUGCUGCAAAGCAUGAAACUUGGUGUUGAUGUGAAUCGGCACAAAGAAAUCAUUGUGAAAGCCAUCUCUGCAAUUCUGCUGCUUCUCCUGAAACACUUCAAACUCAACCACAUCUACCAGUUUGAGUACAUGGCUCAGCACUUGGUGUUUGCCAACUGCAUCCCCCUCAUUCUCAAGUUCUUCAACCAGAACAUCAUGUCUUAUAUCACAGCUAAGAACAGCAUUUCAGUACUCGACUUUCCGUACUGUGUGGUGCACGAGCUCCCAGAGUUAACCGCAGAGAGUUUGGAAGCGGGAGACAACAAUCAGUUUUGCUGGAGGAAUCUGUUUUCCUGUAUUAACCUGCUGAGGAUCCUCAACAAACUGACCAAAUGGAAGCACUCCAGAACAAUGAUGCUGGUCGUGUUUAAGUCGGCACCCAUCCUGAAAAGGGCGCUGAAGGUCAAGCAGGCAAUGAUGCAGCUGUAUGUCCUCAAGCUGCUCAAAGUGCAAACAAAGUACCUCGGACGUCAGUGGAGGAAGAGCAACAUGAAGACCAUGUCUGCCAUCUACCAGAAGGUCCGACAUCGCCUGAAUGACGACUGGGCGUACGGAAACGAUCUGGACGCUCGUCCGUGGGACUUCCAGGCCGAGGAGUGCGCUCUACGAGCCAACAUCGAGCGCUUCAACAGCCGCCGCUACGACAAGAGCCACAGCAAUCCAGACUUCCUGCCUGUGGACAACUGUCUGCAAAGUGUUCUGGGCCAACGAGUGGACCUGCCCGAGGACUUCCAAAUGAACUACGACCUUUGGCUGGAGAGGGAAGUCUUCUCCAAACCUAUUUCCUGGGAAGAACUGCUACAGUGAGACUCGACCACUGUCAACAUUCUUGUAGUUUAUUCUUGUUUUUGUUUUUUUUAAAUAAACAGUUUCAGUCAGGUGUUCAGAUGAAGCACCACCAGUGCUCUCACUGAUCAACAGAACUCUUCUGUGAACAGAACAUUAUGUUACACAUUCUGUAUAGACUGAAGGUGACGGAUGGAUUUUACUCUCAGUUUCCAGCAUGGAGGAGUGUUGUCGGGGGUCCUGCUAAAUGCUUUUGGUGUUUGAACCUUUGCCUUUUGAGAAAUUUUGCAUUGUUAUGAUUUCUGUGUAGUUUUUAGCCAAAAAAAAAAGAUCAUCCUUUUGUACUUAGGUUCUCUAAGACUUCUCCUGCCUGUCUCCCAGUUUUUUAAUGAAAUCGCUGAUAAUGACCUCAGUGCUAAAACUCCAUUUGUGGACUUGAACUCUGCUCCUUCUUUACAUUGCAGGUAUUUCCUCUGUGUGCCUCUUACCUGCUACUGUAGGUCUGCAACUCACCAGGAAGCACUACAUGACCACGUUUUCACUUUUAAGUUUAAAUAGAUUAUUAAUUUUAGGGUAUUAAGUGUUAGGCCAGGCUCAGCACAGUGAAUACAUGAAUAAAACAUUCCUCGUUCCAUCUCACGAGUUCAUCAUCUUCAGAGAGAUGGAAGGAAAGGUCCGGAUUUCUUUAUGUACACUCAUGAUAGUCGGAUCAUUGCUCCUUUAACAGUUGGACCUUUUUGUUGCCCUGCUGGAUUUUCAGGAUGAUAUCAUAUCUGUUUUGCCUGACUAAGUGCUUUUGCUCUGGGACCAUCAAUGAGGCUGAAUGGACAUUAAAAUCCCAGUCUAGACAAAAAAAAAGAAAAAAGAAGCUCGUCAGCAUCUUCAUCUUCUUUGCUGUGCACACACCCCAGCUGUGUGUGUUGGAUCUUGUGAAAGAAAAGAGUGUUUCUGGUCUCAUAAAUGUGGUUCUUGUUGCGUGGUUUUAUUCAUCAGACGGCUGUUUUUGAACCGAAGGGUACAGCUGAAUUUAAAUUGCCAGUUACAGAACUGUUAUACUUCCACAUCUUUUUCAGAUAUUAGUUUCUUUGUUUUUAUUUAAACAUUCAGGAAAUGAAAGUAAAUGUAAAUUACAAAGCUUAUUUAUCACUGCUUUUCUUUGUUUCAUGUUUAGCUAAAUACUGUAAUAAAGACAUUCAUGUUGGA